CGCAGGCAGCGGCUGGGAGCGCGGCGGCAGUGGCGGCGGCGGCGGCAGAAGCUCGACUCCGCGGCUGGGGGGUGGCCUCUCCACGGUGCCGGGCGCCUGGCUCCCCCUCGCCUCGGGCGGCGGGACCCUGUGGGCACUGAAACCCAACUCACCCAUGCCUAUUUCCUGUAAUGGAUGAACUUGAUGCUAAUGUGAGUUCCAAGGAGGGUUUUGGGUCAGUGGAGAAGGUCGUGCUGCUCACGUUUCUCUCGGCGGUUAUCCUGAUGGCCAUCUUGGGGAACCUGCUGGUGAUGGUGGCUGUGUGCAGGGACAGGCAGCUCAGGAAGAUAAAAACCAAUUACUUCAUUGUAUCUCUCGCCUUUGUGGAUCUUCUGGUUUCGGUGCUGGUGAUGCCCUUUGGUGCCAUCGAGCUGGUUCAAGACAUCUGGAUUUAUGGGGAGAUGUUUUGCCUUGUCCGGACAUCUCUAGACGUCCUGCUCACGACGGCAUCGAUUUUUCACCUGUGCUGCAUUUCUCUGGAUAGGUAUUAUGCCAUCUGCUGUCAGCCUCUGGUCUAUAGGAACAAGAUGACCCCUCUGCGCAUCGCAUUAAUGCUGGGAGGCUGCUGGGUCAUCCCCAUGUUUAUCUCUUUUCUCCCUAUAAUGCAAGGCUGGAAUAAUAUUGGCAUAAUUGAUUUGAUAGAAAAAAGGAAGUUCAACCAGAACUCUAACUCUACGUACUGUAUCUUCAUGGUCAACAAGCCCUAUGCCAUCACCUGCUCUGUGGUGGCCUUCUACAUCCCGUUUCUCCUCAUGGUGCUGGCCUAUUACCGCAUCUACGUCACAGCGAAGGAGCAUGCCCACCAGAUCCAGAUGUUACAACGGGCAGGAGCCUCCUCAGAAGGCAGGCCCCAGCCAGCCGACCAGCACAGCACUCAUCGCAUGAGGACAGAGACCAAAGCAGCUAAGACCUUGUGCAUCAUCAUGGGUUGCUUCUGCCUCUGCUGGGCUCCAUUCUUUGUCACCAAUAUCGUGGAUCCAUUCAUAGACUACACCGUUCCUGGACAGGUGUGGACCGCUUUCCUCUGGCUUGGUUACAUCAACUCUGGGUUGAACCCCUUUCUCUACGCCUUCUUGAAUAAGUCUUUUAGACGUGCCUUCCUCAUCAUCCUCUGCUGUGAUGAUGAGCGCUACCGAAGACCCUCCAUUCUGGGCCAGACUGUCCCCUGUUCAACCACAACCAUUAAUGGAUCCACACAUGUGCUAAGGGAUGCGGUGGAGUGUGGUGGCCAAUGGGAGAGUCACUGCCACCCUCCAGCAACUUCUUCUUUGGUGGCUACUCAGCCCAGCGACCCUUAGGCCCUGGGGCAGUGACUCAGAAGACAGCCAUCCCUCCGAGAGAGGGCAGGUUCUAAGCUGCUGCGUGUAUGGGACCGCUCCUGCCACUCUCUCCGCCACGCCUUCCGCCAGGCAGCCACGCCCACCGGGGAUUUUCUCUAAGGCUCCAGCAGGUGGCGCUGGAGGGACUUAGGGGACAGGAGGCCUCCUUGUUC